AUGAAAAAAAGUGAAGAAAUUGUCUAUGGAAAAACACCAUACAAUCGUGUAUUUCAAGUACCACAUACUGUAGAAAUGUUAACAUCGGUCUUUGAUCCAAAAUGUAAAAAAUCUUUAUUUGAUUACAUCACCUUUUCAGUAAUUGGUUUUCAAAUGUUGCUAUUUUUUGUACUUCCAUCAUCAAGCAAAAAAUGGACUUUCUUUUUUCUUUUUGCUUUUUGGAGAAGUGCAUAUAAUGUGGGAUUGGGUUAUCUAUUAAAAUAUCAGAGUGAUAAGCGUGGAUUGGUUAUUUGGGCAAAACGUAAUAAGAUUUUUAACAAAGAAAACUCGAAAUGGUAUUCCCUCCUCAAGAAAGAAUUAAGUACAAAAAUGGGUGAUGAUUAUGAUUUUGAUAGAGUUCCUUUGGAGUUUAAUACUUGGCUUCUAUUUCGACAAUUAGUUGAUUUAAUUCUUCUUAAUGAUUUUACGUCAUAUAUUUUCUUUGCUCUUUCAAACUUUGGCAUUCCAGAAAAUUCAGGGAUUUUUAUUAACUUGUUACGCUGGAUAGGUGGUUUUUUCUUAUUAUGGUUUAACAUUUGGGUAAAAGCUGAUGCUCACCGUGUAGUCAAAGAUUUUGCUUGGUAUUGGGGUGAUUUCUUUUUCCUUAUUGAUCAAUCACUCACCUUUGAUGGUGUAUUUGAAAUGGCACCACAUCCCAUGUAUUCUGUUGGUUAUAUUGGUUAUUAUGGUAUUUCUAUGAUUACGGCAAGUUACACUGUGCUGUUUGUAAGCUUAGCAGCUCAUGCAGCACAAUUUGCAUUCUUAACCAUUGUAGAAAAUCCUCACAUUGAUAAAACGUACAAUCCACUGGUGUCACUUAAUGCUAAACUUUCAAAAUCAUUAUUGACAGAAAAACAUGAAUCAAAUAUUAUUUUAGACAAAGAUAGAACUUCUGAUAAUGUUGUUAAAGCUUUUUUGGUUUUACAAUGUUUGGCAUGGAGAAUAUUCCAUUCUUAUGGUUUAGGUUAUAUGUUACAUUUGCAAAGUAAAAGCAAGUUUUUAACAAAACAUUAUGUUAAAUAUGGUGGAACUGCAGCUGAUUGGACAUAUGGGCUGGUGUUAUUAAGACAUACAAUGGGUGUACUAUUGAUUGCAUUACAUAUAUGGACCUCUGUUUCUGUGUUUGAGGUUCUUGGGGAUUUUGGAUGGUUCUAUGGUGAUUUCUUUAUAGAUGAUUAUUCUACAACUUUAUAUUAUACCGGCAUCUAUAGAUUUGUUAACAAUCCAGAGAAAAUCAUGGGACAUGCUGCAUUCUGGGGUAUUACUUUUAUUGCAAACAGCUGGCUUAUUUUUGGCGUGGCGUUAUUUUCACAGAUUUCAAAUUUCAUAUUUUUGAAAUAUGUUGAGGGACCUCAUAUGAAAAAACUUUAUGGUGACAAAAUUAGGAAAGAGGCAGGAGUCACAAGGGCCGUUAAACGUCUAACGAUUAUUCCAAACAUUGUUAAAAGAGAAUUGUCUAAAAUUCGUGAAACUACAGAGAUUCAAGUUGCUCAAAAAAUUAUCAAAGAACUCGCUGAAACUGUUGAAAAAAUGGUAGAGGAAGCUGGUGAUGCUCUAGGCGAACUUGUCGAUUCAACAAAACCCAAAUUUCAAGAAGUUGUUGAAGAAACUAAAACAAUGUUACAAAUUUCUCGUGAUAAAUUAAUAAGCCAAGCCGUUGGUCGAAUUCAAAAUCAUGACGUUUCAGGAUAUUCAAUAGUUCUUGUAGCUCCUGAGGACAUAAAUAUCACACCACCAAGUACACCAAUUUCUUCAGAUAACAAACCAGAACAAGAACAAUUUAAAACAGUGUCAAAACCAAUCAUAUUCACACUUGGUUCUCCGAUUAAUUUAAGGUGGACUGCACCCAAGAAUCAUUCAUGUAAAGAUUGGAUUGGUGUUUAUAAAGUAACUUCUAAUUCUUCAAAGAAUGUCACUAGUGUCUCUAGCAAAGGUCGUUACAUGUAUGUUUUGCCUGAGGAUGAAGAUUUUGAUAAUAUUAAUAACGAUGAAGCAGCAUCAACAUCAACAUCCACUACACAAACAUUUACCACUACUGAUGCCACCAGUAAUGAUUUUAAUGCCUUUGGUGCAUUAUGGUUUAAGAGUGAUCAAUUGCCAUGGGAAGUUGGUACUUAUGAAUUUAGAUACCAUCGUGACAACGGACAUGUAGUUAUGGCCAUCUCACAGCCAUUUGAAAUCAAAGCACCAACACCAAAAUAUAUGUCGGAUCUUCCGUCUAUUGAACAAAUGGUGCUUACAUUAGUACAAAAAGCCCUUGACACAGAUCCAGAAUUGAUUCCAUACACCACACAAGAUGAUUAUGUCUUGAUGAAGGAAAUUCAUGCCAAACGCAUUGUAUAUGGAAUUAAGAUGAUCUUUGGUAUUGACUUUGCUUGGGAAAUUGUUGCUAUUGAUGGAAAUGUUGGAAGGCUUGCAAGAAGGAUACAUAAAGCACAUCUUGUUAUAUCUCCUAUUAAACAAUAUCAACGCCAAACAGGCGAUCACAUGAAUGUCAGAAACAGUACGAGUAAUGACAAUGAAAACAAUAAUAAAUCAACCAAUCUUCUUAAAAUCUCAACAUUUGACAGCAAUCAAAACAAUGAAAACUUGGAUGAUCAGCAAUUUUUAUAUUCACCUACUUCAAGUGAGAAUGGCGAAUAA